AUGAUCAAAAGUGAAGAUAUGUUAGAUACCGGCCCAUAUGGCUCCCUUAAUACCAACACACAUCACCAUGCUGAUUUGCACCAGCUCAACAAUCAUCACAGCACCCUGUAUCGCAAUUUACAAGCCAAUAUUUUGGCCUCAUCCAAUUUCCAGCCCAUUAUGUAUGGCGGUGGCAAUGAACAUCCCCAUCCCCAUCAUCAUCCGAACACACAUUCAUCGGUAAUGCGUAUGCAUCAAGACUCGCCCGAAAUGGCGGAUGAAAAACCACCGUUACUCUAUAACGAGCGCAAAUACUAUGCCACCAUGAUGACUCAGUCGGAUACCAUGAAUUAUGGCCUAACGUCAUUGCACAGCAUGUCGACACCGCCGGCCUCGAACAGUCCCAUUUCAUAUGGUGUGCUCUUGUCCAAUCCCCAGGGAGUAACGGGCCAUGAUGGCAGCGGAUCCACAGUGGCAGUACCACCACCUCCAACACAUUCAGGGAAUUCAUCACCUGCCAAUCGCACACCGUCGGAUAGUGAGCUGCAGCACUAUCAUUCGCUUAAUUCGAAUAAAAUUUUAAAUUUAAUGCCAUCCUCAUCGGUGGGGUCAUUAAAUCACCAAUAUGCCUCAACCAUAAAAUAUUGUUCGAGUAAACCCAACACGGCGGAUUAUAUGCAGCAUGAAUCCAGCCAUACCGAAUUACAAGAAUCACAACACAUGAAUGAACAACAACAGCAACAACAUCAGCAGCAGCAGCAUCAAUCACAUAAUGACCAUUUGGAGAAUGGCAAUUCAUCGGAACUAAUGCAUCACCAAAUGCAAACCGAACAACAACGUAUACAACAUACCUCCUCUGCCGGAGGUGGUGGUGGGGUCAUAACUACCAAUUCCCAGAAUGAUAAUUUACACAACAAUGCCGCCACCACUCCAAACACCAACUACUCCUCCAGUUCCUCACCCAGUAAAUCUGUUCACUCCAAACAAAGUGAUACACCCAAAUCACAACAGCAACAACAAUCCUCCGCCGGCUCUCAGGAUUUAUCAUCACCGGAUACAACCAAAAAAUCGGGCAUUAGACGCCCUGAAAAACCCGCACUAAGUUAUAUCAAUAUGAUCGCCAUGGCCAUUAAAGAAUCGCCAACGGGAAAACUAACGCUCAGUGAAAUUUAUAGUUUUCUACAGAAGAGAUUUGAAUUCUUUCGCGGCCCCUAUAUUGGUUGGAAAAAUUCCGUACGUCACAAUCUCAGCUUGAAUGAAUGCUUUAAGAAGUUGCCCAAGGGUAUGGGUGUUGGCAAACCCGGCAAGGGUAACUAUUGGACAAUUGAACAAAGUUCUGCCCAUAUGUUCGAGGAUGAGGGUAGCCUGAGACGUCGUCCACGUGGUUAUCGCUCAAAGUUGAAAGUCAAACCGUAUGCAGCGGCCAAUGGUUUCUAUCCAACGGGAUCAUAUGAUGCGGGAAUGGACAAUCCAAAUUUCUAUAGUUCUCAAGGCUUCUCACCCUAUGAUCCUUACACGGCCACAAAUGGCACUGGCAAUUUUUCCGAUAGUUGGGCGACAGCACCACACAGUCAUGGACAGAAUACAUUACCCCAAUAUUCGAAUAUUGCCACAUCGGCAAUUAUGCAUAACAGCAACAACAACAACAACCACGGUAAUAACAGUCCCACACCACCAAUGGCCCAUGUUUCGGCAACAACAAAUAAUGGUUCACCCGGUCCUUCACUGGCAUCCACGCCAUCGUCUUCUGGUGGUGCUGCUGCUGCUCUAUCGGGUAAUUCCGGUAUGGAUUAUGCGACAGCAUCGUUGGUGGCAGCCAGUAAUGGCUAUUUACCAUAUGGCAGUGCAACAGCAAGUGGCGCCUCCGCAUACAACAUAGACAAUGGUUUACGUUCAAUGACUUUAACGCAAAUGUCCUCAUUGUCGACACUGCCCUCGCAUCACACACCCACUCCCCCACCGUCACACCACCAACAACUACACCAUCCACACAAUGGCACCGUACAUCACACAUCUUCCAUGACACCACCACCACCCUCGGCUUCAUCAUCGGCAUCGCUGAUACAUUCAUUGCCACCACCAUCCAUUAUAACAUCGUCAGCAUUAACAGCUCUGUCAACCUCUACAGCGGAUUCGGGUGCAUCACUUAUCGAUCGCAAACCAAUAUUCUUGCCAUCGAUGACUCCGCCCUCGGGAACAAUAUCCACCCCACCAUUACAUCAGCAGCAGCAACAGCAACAGCAUUUGAAUGUGGGCAGUGGCACCUCCUCGGAAAACAAUGGCACAAAUUCCGAAGGCGGUGGUCCAUCGUAUUAUGAACACAUUAAAUAUUCGAAUUAA